AUGCAGUAUCUGUACGCCGUCACCUACGCCGUCAUCCUGAUCCCUGGACUGAUCGGGAACGUCUUGGCUCUCUGGGUGUUCUACGCCUACAUGAAGGAGACCAAGAGAGCCGUCAUCUUUAUGAUCAAUCUGGCCAUCGCCGACCUCCUGCAGGUCCUGUCCCUCCCGCUGCGCAUAUUCUAUUACCUGAACAAGUCGUGGCCGUUCGGCCGAUUCAUGUGCAUGUUCUGCUUCUACCUGAAAUACGUCAACAUGUACGCCAGCAUCGUCUUCCUGGUCUGCAUCAGCGUCAGGCGCUUCCUCUACCUGAUCUACCCCUUCAAGUUCACGGACAGGAAGCGCGCGUCCGACGUGUAUGUGAGCGUCGUCGGUUGGAUCCUCGUCUGCGUCAGCUGCCUCCCGUUUCCCCUCUUGAGAAUCGGAAAUAACUCCACCGACAGCGAUGCCGAAAAUAAGUGCUUCGCCGAUCUGCCGCUGCUGGACAUCGGGACCACCAACUCCAUCUUGGCCGUCACCUUUGCCGAGCUCUUUGGCUUCAUCACGCCGCUGGCCGUAGUUGGCUAUUGCUCCUGGAGGACGGUGAUGUCGCUGAAGGAGCCGCACUCGGCUUCUCAUGACCUUGGAGAGAAGAAGAAGGCCUUGAAGAUGAUCCUGACCUGCGCCUUCGUCUUCCUCCUCUGCUUUGCUCCUUACCACCUCAGCUUUCCCCUCGACUUCCUGGCCAAGGCCAACAAGAUCCAGCGGUGUCGGUACAAGAAGGCCAUCCUGACCUUCCAUCCGGUGGCGCUGUGCCUGGCCAGUAUGAAUUGCUGCUUGGAUCCCGUCAUUUACUACUUCACCACCGAUGAGUUCAAGAGACGACUUUCCCGGCAGGACAUUGUGGACUGUACGGAGCUGGAAAUGUUCAACAACGCUUCAUAA